AUGGUGAGCAAGGAAAUUACGGUUGGUGAUGUUGGUAAGAAAACUAGAAGGAGAAGACGUAGGGCUGGCAGCAGAGCUUCUAGAAAGCGCGCGCGCAAGAUGGCGACCGUCGCCGUUAGUCUGACUCCAGGGUCGGAGAAGACGUCGUCGCCGAUCAAAUGUGCCGUGCAUGCGUUCGUGCUGCGGUACCAGAGUGCCCUGAGGAAAGUUCCAGCACACCUACCGCCGCGGGUCCAUGCCGGACCACCCUCGAAGAGGGUCAAGCGAGUGUCUUGGUGCGAGGAGGAGCGCGGCGGUGGGGAGGGUUGCGGUGCGGGCGGCGCGGGGGGAGCGGACCCCGCCGUGCUGGCGCUGGGGCCGGCGCGGCGGCCGCUCGUGUACUCGCGCGACACGCUCAUGCGGCUGCGCCACUCGCCGCUCGUCAAGCAGGGCCUGGAGCACGCCUUCAAGGGAUGCGACGCGCUCGCGCUUGUACUUAAGAAAAGAUCUGACUCACCAAAUGAAGACGACAAAGGAGCUAAGGGGGAUGCUCCUAGUGAAAACCAUAAGCGCCGCGCUGCCGACCCGCGGGAGCGCGUGCGGCGCGAGAGCGAGGGCAGCGGCAUCCACAUCGUGCUGUCGCCGCAGCGGCGCUCGUUCACGUCGGGCUGCGGCGCGCCCGCGCCCCCGCCGCCGCCCGCGCGCCAGGACUCGCCGCCCGCCGCCGCACACGCGCACGUCAAGACGGAGCAGGUGGGGCGGCGCAUCGGGUCCGGGCGCAUCAUGGUGCGCGAGGCGAGCGGCGCGGGCGCCUGGGACGAGGCCGAGUUCCGCGACGCCUACCGCGCGCCGCCCGCCGCGCCGCCCGCCGACAGGUUUGAGCGGCGCUCGUUCAACCGCGACUCGUUCAUGUCGGACAUGAAGAGGGAGCGAGACGACAGAUUCAACAGCGACAAACCGCGGGAAAGAGAAGACAGAGAUAACCGGAGAUCGGGAGGCCGUUACUCACAUCGACGCUAUGACAAAGAGGAGGAGCCCGAGUGGUUCAGUGGAGGUCCGACGUCACAGCUGGAGACGAUCGAGCUGCGAGGUUUCGAUGAUCCGCCAAAGAAGAACGGGAACGCUACCAGCAAGGAAACAGAGAAGUGGAGCGUUAGCGAAGACGGCACCGGCGGGGCCACCACACGUGCCGAAGCUGAAGCGGAAGCGGAGCCGCCCGCGCCCGCGCCCGCGCACCCCGACUCCACCGCCGCCACUGACAAGGAUUCAGGUGUGGAUUCAAAGAUUGAAGAGACCCCGCAGAGUAAUGAGCAGCCUGCCAGCCAGCAUGACUUUAACCUUGAAGAGUUCCUCAAAUUUGACUCUAUUCCAGACGUGCUUACAAACGGUGGUGGCGCGGCGGAAGGCGGCAGCCAGCAGCACAGCCGCUUCAGCCAGUGGUUCCGCCGCGACAGCCCCGACGCGCACCACUACGACGCCAUGCUGCACCACGUGCUCGAUGAAGCAGGCGCGGGUGCGGGUGCAGGUGCGGGAGCAGGGUCAGGGUCGGGGCCAGGGUCGGGGUCGGGGUCGGGCAAGAUGCAGAGCCUGGAGGAGCUGGAGGCGCGCCUGCGGCCGCAGCCCGCCGCGCACCACGGCGUCUCCGAGCAAGAUCUCACCGCCUUCAAACGACUCGUUAGUACACUAUGCAACACAAUACAAUACAAGAUGCAGAGCCUGGAGGAGCUGGAGGAGCUGGAGGAGCUGGAGGCGCGCCUGCGGCCGCAGCCCGCCGCGCACCACGGCGUCUCCGAGCAAGAUCUCACCGCCUUCAAACGACUCGUUAGUACACUAUGCAACACAAUACAAUACAAGAUGCAGAGCCUGGAGGAGCUGGAGGAGCUGGAGGCGCGCCUGCGGCCGCAGCCCGCCGCGCACCACGGCGUCUCCAAGCAAGAUCUCACCGCCUUCAAACGACUCGUUAGUACACUAUGCAACACAAUACAAUACAAGAUGCAGAGCCUGGAGGAGCUGGAGGAGCUGGAGGAGCUGGAGGCGCGCCUGCGGCCGCAGCCCGCCGCGCACCACGGCGUCUCCAAGCAAGAUCUCACCGCCUUCAAACGACUCGUUAGUACACUAUGCAACACAAUACAAUACAAGAUGCAGAGCCUGGAGGAGCUGGAGGAGCUGGAGGAGCUGGAGGCGCGCCUGCGGCCGCAGCCCGCCGCGCACCACGGCGUCUCCGAGCAAGAUCUCACCGCCUUCAAACGACUCGUUAGUACACUAUGCAACACAAUACAAUACAAGAUGCAGAGCCUGGAGGAGCUGGAGGAGCUGGAGGAGCUGGAGGCGCGCCUGCGGCCGCAGCCCGCCGCGCACCACGGCGUCUCCAAGCAAGAUCUCACCGCCUUCAAACGACUCGUUAGUACACUAUGCAACACAAUACAAUACAAGAUGCAGAGCCUGGAGGAGCUGGAGGAGCUGGAGGAGCUGGAGGCGCGCCUGCGGCCGCAGCCCGCCGCGCACCACGGCGUCUCCGAGC